AUGGUGCGGGCGUUCGUGCUGCUGGCGCCGGGCGGGGCCGCCCCCUGCCGCGUGCUGUACGCGCGCACCUUCGGGACCCCCCCCGGCGCCGGCCCCGGGGGGCCCCGGCAGCGCCUCCGCCGCAAGGAGCAGCUGCUGGUCGUGGCCAGACAAGUGGCGUCCCAGUGCCAACUGCUUCAGGCGUCCUUGGGGCGCCCGUCCUCCCCACAGCUUCCCCAGCUACCCGAUGAGCCGAUGUCCCUUCAAGAUGCUCCAGGGGGUGUUUUCCAGAUGCCCCCCGGAGACCCAUUCCCUGAGCGGGUGACAGUAGUCUGGUUAUCGGUGCUGGCCCUCGCCUUCGCCUUGGUUUGUGAUCCCCAGGAGAAUCUGUCCUUGGCUGAGAUCACCCUGCGGCGCCUGGCUCCCCGCCUGCUGCUCUCCCUGCGCCUGCUCGGCCCCGGCGCUGACGUCCUGCUCCGUCCUGAUGCCGCCGAUGGCCUCCUGGACCGUCUCCUGCCCCACGGGCAGAUGCUUUUCCUCAAUGAACGUUUCCUUCAGGCAAUGGACCGAGAGCUGGGGCUCAAAGUGUCCCGCUGAGCCAUAGAUGGCAUUCCUGCCUACCAGCCCCAGAUAUUUUGAGGGAUGAGAGACAAGGGAGGGAUCUGAGAUGGUCACCAAGCCCCAGUGGGAUGGAUGAGAAACAUAGUUCUGGUAUAAAGAGCUAUGAGCCAGCUAAGAGCAGGGUUUUAAUCCUUUUAUUCCCCAACACCAUCAUGGGAGAGCUAAUAGCCAUCCCCAUAAAUCCACCUGGAGCUGGGACAGUGCCAAGUUCCUGCACUGCGUUCCUGCACCACUCCAAAUGCACAUGACAGCGAGUGGAGGCUGCACGUGGCUAUGAAGGGACGCUAAAAGAGGAACCUUGUAUUGUGGUUAUCUCAGCUGGGCACUGUGGGGCAUGCAAGGUUUCCUUGGCAGGGGAAACAUGGUUCUGAGAUGGGACCUUGCCAGGAUACAUGGGGCGAGCAGGGGUGUGCACCCCGCCAUGGGGCAUUGGGGUCUCUGUGUGGGGCAUUAAAUGAACAGGCAGUGGGGCAGGAUGUAGCCUUGUGCCUGGCACAGCAGGGUGCUUGUCCCUAGAUGGUGCUGCCUGGGGCCAGGGGACCUGUGUGACACCCUGGGAGGUGGCAGGAGCUGGCACCCACCUACCCCGCUCUGCAGGGUGCAGUGGGGAGCAGGGUCCUACCCUAGCAGUUUCUGGGUGCUGGGAAAUCCAGGGAGCCAGGAGCUGGUGUGCACAGCUCUUACAUCACUGUGCUGGGAACAGGCUGGGCACUGCCAUGCUGUGCAGAGGGGCUGUCACAGGGCCAGGCCCCAAAGUGCUUUCCCUUGUAACUGCACCGGUAAAGCUGGAGCACCUGAGGAGGGGUGCUGGGCACUGAGCUUCAGCCAUGGUGGGUCUCUGGCUGUGCUGGCGGAUCUCUGUGUGCUGGAGGUGGGGGGACAUUGCAGCCCACUGUGGCAUCCACCCUUAAGGGGAAGGGAGCAGUGUCUUCACCUCCCCAUGUGAUAGCAGCUGUCACAUACUGCGCCCACAACUGGCUUGAAUACAACCAAGAGCCAAAGAGACUCUUGUCCUGGAGAGUUUCAAUGGUGUUAGCAAUUAAUUGUUGAUGAGAUACUGGAAUCUGAAUGUAUGGGCCAUUAUUGUGUCUGCACUGAUAGGAUUCCCAUUGCUGGAUUUCAGUAUCACCUGGUUUAUGGCCAAAAUUCUCUUGCAAAUCAGCCACCUGAAUUGGAUCAAGUGCAAUAGUUAUUUGUGUUUGGUUUUCCUUUCCACCCUCAGGUCUAGUAGAUUCAGGGGGAAUUGAAGGAGAUCAGGAAUCAUCUUUUCCCGAUUCUCUGUCAUGGGGAUCGCCCUGUGUUUCCAUCCCAUGUAAGUCUGCCAGACUUUUCCUGGAACUUUGAUGUCAUGGUCACCAUAUAUGGCACCAUUUUGGCAGCAGUUUGCUGACCCUGUCCACCAUCUGUAUUUCAAUUUUAAGUAAAGGUCGUAAUGUUGUUUCCUUAUCA